CUCUUUGCCACCGUCCAUUCCCCCGUUCCAUCCAUCCAUCCAUCCACCCAAAAGCCACACACAUGGACAGCAGCGGAAGCUAGGCCUAGGCGUCGUCGUCCCGUCCAGCUACGCACGCAGCUAUAGCCUACAGCUCCUCCCUCCCGCACCAUCCCCAGCACCAUGUCGUCGUCGUCGUCGUCCAGGGCGCGGCGGGGCGGGAGCGGGAGCCUGCAGCAGUUCCCGGUGGGGCGGUGGCGGCACGUGGCGGUGGUGGACGCCGGGUGCGGCUGCCGCCCGCGCCGGGCCACAACCAGGCUGCUGAGCCAGCUGCCGUCCUUCCUCCGCCCGUCCCCAAAGCCGCCGCAGCCGCCGCCGCCGCCGCGCAGCAGCUCGCGCUCCUCCUCGGGCUUCUUCCCGUCCUCGGCCGCCUCCACCGCCUCCUCCUCCGCCACCACCUUCACCACCACCCACUCCUCCCACUCCAACUACGACUCCUCCUACACCCACCACCCCACCACCACCAAGCACCUGGCGUCGGCCGCCGACAAGCCGCCAGCAGCGGCGGCGGGGAGGAGGAGGCAGCAGCUGCAGGGCCACCACCACCACCACCACCAGGGCAGCAGGAGGAAGAAGCGGUACGAGAAGAUGGGCGGCCCGGGCGCGGGCGCGGCGGCGGACGCGGACGCGGACGCCGCCGCAGCAGAGGGCGGCGUUGGGGGCGUGGCCGUGGAGAAGGAGUCCUCCGACCCGCGCGCCGACUUCCGGGAGAGCAUGACGCAGAUGGUCCUGGAGAUGGGGCUGUGCGGCUGGGACGACCUGCGCUGCAUGCUCCGCCGCCUGCUCGCGCUCAACGCGCCCCGCCACCACGCCGCCAUCCUCGCCGCCUUCGCCGAGGUCUGCGCGCAGCUCACCACCGCGGCCCCGCCGUACCACGCCGCCGCCUACGACUACGACUACCACUACCACUACUGAAAAAUAAAUAAAUAAAUAAACACGGGUGGCCUGGCUGGGCUCCGUCUUCUGGUCCCGAGAUCCUGGCACCACCCGGCGGCCGGGCUCCACCUGCUGCAGGGGUGGACGGUGGUCAUGUCCGCCGCCGCCGCCGCCUCUGCCCCUCUGCCACCGGGUGGUGAUAGGAUCUCGUGAAGGAGAGAUUAAACCACCACCUUAUUACUGUUAGCUUCACCAGGUGUCAUCAGUGUGUGUAUGUCCAUUGUCCAGUACCAGUACGACCAGGUGUCCACCGUCCAGGUCGUCCUUGUAGCGUAGCCGUAGCCGUAGUGUGUGCUUUGCGAGCUCGUCUUUUUCUUGGGUUUCUUCCUUGCUCUGUUUGCUAGCUAGCUUCUCGCUGUUCCUACCUACUGUAUGUCUCGCAGGAGCAAGCAGCAUAGCAGUGUGUGUGUGAGUGUGUGUUCGGCUGGCCUUUCGUUUUGGAUGAAGGCCGUGUCCACGAAGAAGUGGUAGUUAGCUGUGUGAGAGAUUUAGAAGCAGGUCUGCUUUGUGUCUACUUGUGCUUGUAGCUAAGCUGCUACUAGUAAUGAAGAUUUGAGACGCGUUUCUUGCUCA